UUUGGCACUGCUCACUGGAUAUAGGUGGAACUGUUCACGGACCUAUUGACUCGGGCCCUGUUACCAGCAAAUGUGCUACAAGGAUUAGAAAUAUUCGGGUCACGUUUCCGGUGGGAACGGCUUUCUUCAAAUUCGCGGGGAUUUUCUUCUUUUCUCCUGCCUCAUCGACCAAUUCACGGCAUACCUUGCGCAUUACGAUCGCAAAGCUAUAAGAGCGACCGUCAUGGCAUCCACGUCCACGUCCACGUGCGUAGUGCAGCAACAGCCGCACGAUGCUUCAAAUCACAUUAUGCUCGAGGCGAUGCCACAGCGUCAACAUUCGACAAACGACUCAGCAUCGAACGAAUCCCUCGAUGGAUUCUCCGCGCUGGAAAAGUGGAAUCACCCCCGCAUCAACGUUUAUCGCUCUUUCGCCACGUUCUGGAGCUUUCUAGUCAUGGGCAGCAACGAUGCAGCAUACGGUGCUCUAAUUCCAUACCUCGAGACUUACUAUGACCUCAGCUAUACGGUUAUAUCCCUAAUCUUCCUCUCGCCGCUAGUCGGGUACACACUAGCAGCAUUUCUCAACCACCGAAUUCACACCUCGCUCGGGCAGCGCGGGGUCGCGUUGCUCGGGCCCGGGUGCCAUCUCAUCGCCUACGUCGUGAACUGCCUACACCCACCAUACCCAGUCCUCGUGGUCUCGUUCAUCUUUGCAGGAUUCGGCAAUGGACUCGAAGAUGCGGCGUGGAAUGCUUGGAUUGGAAAUAUGGCCAAUGCAAAUGAGUUGCUGGGUCUGUUGCACGGUGUAUACGGUCUCGGUGCCGUUUUGGCUCCACUGAUUGCGACUUCGAUGAUUGCCCGAGCUGAAAUGCCGUGGUUUCAUUUCUAUUACGUCAUGGUCGGAUGUGCCGUCGUCGAGCUCGUGACCUGCAGCGCAUGCUUCUGGAAAGCCACGGGCGCCGUCUUCCGUGCCGCCAAUUCGAAUUCGAUAGAAGAAAACAAGAAGGGAGGGCUCCGAGAUGCCCUGUUCAAGCGGCCAUCCGCUCGUGUGACGUGGUUAUGCUCGCUCUUCCUGCUGGGUUAUGUCGGAUGUGAAGUCGCGUUGGGCGGGUGGAUCGUUACCUUCAUGAUGCGCGUUCGACAUGGAGGAGCAUUCGCCAGCGGUAUGACAGCCACUGGCUUCUGGCUGGGUAUUACGGUCGGUCGUAUUAUUUUGGGCUUCGUCACGCCCCGGGUGGGCGAGAAAUUGGCGAUCGCGGGAUACAUUCUACUGUCAAUGGCAUGCGCACUUGUCUUAUGGCUCGUUCCUCAUUUCUACGCAUCUGCGGUCGCCGUCUCGCUACAGGGCUUCUUCCUGGGUCCUCUAUUCCCGGGUGCCGUCGUGAUGGUCACUAAGCUUCUGCCUCGACAUCUGCACGUCAGUUCUAUCGGGUUCUGCGCAGCAUUUGGCGGUUCCGGAGCCGCCAUUCUCCCCUUCGCCGUGGGUGCAUUGGCACAAGCAAAAGGUGUUCAAGUGUUGCAACCGUUUAUCAUUGCCUUGUCGGGUGCCAUCUUCCUGGCCUGGCUGGGACUACCACGCGUGUCCAAGGUGCAGCGUAGUGAGUAGAUCCGGCUAAGAACCCGGAGGACGUAAUGUUUAACGGACGAUAAUGACGACACGGUCGCGAUUGAGUGGGCAGGGCAGGCUCGUGGCUCUUUUUCCUGUGUCACAAGCUCCCACGAGCCCACGAGUGAUUGGGACAGGUUAUGCAUUUGACAUGUGAACAUGUGAAAAUGCAGCGUGCCGGGCCCGAUCUUCUCUUAUCUGAUCCGAGUACUUUAGUCUCCCGAGCCGCCCUGCUCCGAUGCAGCGUUUUCAUUUUCUUUCUGUUCAUGUCGUUUUGCAUUCACGUGUCACAUAAAAAACUUUUAAGGACCAAGGCUCUUGGUCAGAGGGCCAUAGUAUAUAAGAAUGGAACGACGCCUUCUGGCCGUCUGAUCGUUUUCCGCCACCACGGGGUAUUCCCAGACACGGCUACGUUUCCGACCGUCGGGAAACUCCACAAAUCGAUCGAGGAAUCGGGAUGGCCACAGAGCUAUGGAGAAAGCGGCAACUGGUCAACGUGGAACGUCAAUGAGUUGUUAAUUAUCAUGGCAGGAUAAACCGAGGUCAAUGGAGCCGUCAGUAGAAGGGAGGGGCUACCUACACUGAACGUCCGAAUGCCCAUCCGAGCCAACUAUUUUUGUAUGACGCGAGCCAUCGGGACCCGCCUAUAGUCGUUGAUCCCCACGCUAGACCGACUUGAGACAGUAGGGCCGGGUUGAGCUGAGACCGGGGAGCCCCUAGCCGAAAGGCUGUCCGAAGUUACGGUUGACCCCGGUCAUCUCAGGUCAGAUUAGGUCAGUCUGCAGCUAACAUAUAGGCAUGUCAGACUCGGCAAUGCGGCAGUCAGCUGGCGGUAUAAGCCAAUGGAUUAGAUGAGCCAAAUGAAUGGCAACGGGUAUGGGAUCAGGCAUAUUGAGGAUAAUUCGGUGUUCUUCGGCCAGCCGCAGCUUACCUAAUCUGGACGAGCCUCGGUACUUUCCUCAUUCGGCCACUUCGCUGGCCCUCGGCCU